AUGUCAGCCAAGCGGGUUCUAGUCAUCGCCGGUUCUGACAGCUCUGGUGGCGCCGGUCUAGAAGCAGAUCAGAGGGUCCUGGCCGUACAUGGUUGUUAUGCUCUUACUGCUACUACCGGUCUAACCGCACAAAACACUCUGGGGUUGCAAGACAUCUUCGUCAUCCCAGCGGAAUUUGUCAAGAAGCAAAUCAAUGCCGGCUUGGAAGAUGUGGGGGCAGAUGUUGUCAAAUUUGGAAUGCUGUCAUCCGCGGAGACUAUUGACGUUGUUGCUGAGGCACUAGCAACACAUCUCGUUCCUUCCAUUGUGCUGGAUCCGGUGAUGGUAUCUACUAGCGGCUCACAGUUGUUACCGGAAGCAGCUGUGCAAGGUCUUCGAACCAAAUUAUUGCCCCUCACGACCAUCCUGACGCCUAAUAUCCCCGAAGCGAGGCUGCUGCUAAAGGACUCUGGAGAAAAUGCAUUAGAACCAAAGAACCUUGCUGGGCUCGUCCAACUAGCAAAGCAGGUUUGUGCCUUAGGCCCCAAGGCUGUUCUCCUCAAAGGAGGACAUUUACCGUUAACAAAAGAACAUGAGACUACUCAUGAUUUGCGAGAGGCGUCGAAAGUCAUUGAUGUCCUUUAUGAUGGCGAAAACGUCACAUUGUUUGAAACGGAUUUCCUGGUGUCGAGGAACACCCAUGGCACGGGCUGCUCACUUGCCUCUGCUAUUGCAGCCAACCUCGCCCUCGGAAAGGAUCUGAAAAGUGCAGUCCAUGCGGCGGUUCGAUUCGUCGAGGCAGGUAUCAAGACAAGCUUUGAUCUUGGAAAGGGAAGCGGACCGAUUAACCACUUCCACUCCGUGUAUACGAUGCCUUUCGCCCCGGGACGGUUUUUAGAAUACGUCCUGGAUCGCCCGGAUGUUCGACCGGUAUGGAAAAGGUUUACGGAGCAUGAGUUUGUUUUGGGCCUGGGCGCUGGAACGCUUCCCGUGGAACGAUUCAAAGAAUACCUGGUGCAGGACUAUCUGUACUUGGUCCAUUUUGCCCGGAGUAACGCACUGGCUGCCUACAAAGCGAAGGACAUGGAAUCCAUUGCAGCGUCUUCACAAAUCGUCCUACACAUCCAGCGUGAAACGGCGUUGCACCUGGAAUAUUGUGCCUCCUUCGGAUUAUCCAAGGAGCAGAUGGAAAAAUACCCAGAAACUAUCGCAUGCACGGCAUAUAGUCGAUACAUCCUUGAUGUGGGUCAAUCUGAGGAUUGGCUGGCCCUACAAGUGGCCCUCGCCCCUUGUCUGAUUGGAUACGGAGCCAUUGCCCAGCGACUGUACUGUGAGAAAGAGACGCUCCGGGAGGGAAACCGAUACUGGAAGUGGAUUGAGAACUACGUCGCAGAUGACUAUACAGAGGCCGUUCGUCUAGGAUCAGAACUUCUGGAGACACAUAUGAGCCAGGUUUCCCCGAAACGGGUGGAGGAGUUGAUUUCCAUUUUUGUCCAGGCCACCGAGUUAGAGAUCAGCUUCUGGGACAUGGGGAUGGGAGAUAGACAAUGA